AUGCUGGAAAGGGAUGGUCCAGAUCUUGAACAUGAUGCUACUGAAUUAAUGCCGAUUCGCAAUCAAUUUAAGAUAUCCGAUCCACUGCUCAAGCCCGAGGAGGAUCUUGAAAAGGAAGCGACACAAAAACAGAGAAGCAGACUCAUAUCCCGCGUUAGUGAGCGCCGAUUCGAAGGCUGGAAGUUUACUAUAUUUUGCGCCUUUAUAGCAAGCCUGGUCGUUCUAUUCUUCAAUAUCGGGUUUCUACUCUACUGCGUCGUGCAUCCUAAGCAUGAUGCCAUCGAUCUUUAUUCCGUCAAAAACCAAGACGCCUAUCGGGAAACGAUAAAGCACCAAUUGAGUACAAUCUUGUACGAGGGAGAGUGUGAUACAGUGCACCACCUCAGCAUCGGGUUCCACUUGUUAAUCAACGUGCUGAGCACUGCCUUGCUGAGUGCCAGUAACUUUGGAAUGCAAUGUUUAGCUGCACCAACACGGCAGAAUAUAGACCGACGACAUCCAAAGGGUCAUUGGUUUGAUAUUGGCGUGCCUAGUGUUCACAACCUAUCGAAUAUCCCCGGUAAACGUCUCUGUCUAUGGUUAUGCCUGGCAUUCUCAUCUCUCCCAUUUCAUCUCAUGUACAACUCGGCCAUCUACUCCACUACAUCAGCUACAGCCUACGAUAUUUUCGCCGGACCCAGCUCUCUGGCCCAGAAAAACCUUUCCAGCCUUAGUCUCAUCUAUCCCAGUGGGCAAUGGGGAAUGGACUCUUCGUUCCAGGAACUCUACUCUGCGGCAAGAAACGGGAGCCUGACUCGUCUGAAUAAUAGCGGCUGCAUCGACGCUUUUGGAGUGACAUUUCAAACAGCUUAUAAGAAAUUAUGGGUCGUUACCGAUGAUAUCAAGGAGAACGAUACAUAUUCCUUUGUCUACGAGAAUCCCGUUUUCAGUCCGCUCUUCAACACCAACCAGGAUCCGAGUCCAUAUGCAUGGCUGUGUGACGGUUGGUCCCAGAGCAUUUCUAGUCAUUGCAAACGAGCUUCAUCCCCCGAGAUACAGCCACGGACAGCUACAGAUGACUGGACAUUAUCCGUUCCGAAUGCUUACAACACGACCGAGUACCGAAUCCAGUACUGCAUGGCAGAGAAGAAGGAGCAGUCCUGCAAACUGCAGUAUUCAUUCCCACUUACCAUUGUCGUGAUAGUAUUCAAUCUUGUCAAGACCAGUGUCUUGGCAUAUAUGUGGUUCGGGAUAUCUACUUCUCCAAUCCUGACCAUCGGCGAUGCAAUCGCUUCUUUUCUCCAUCGUCCUGACCCCCACUCACAAAACGGCUGUCUUCUGACGAGUCGCGACGUGAAAGAAAUGUAUCAACGACUAUAUACGAACCUCGUCGUAAAACCCUUACACCAACCGCGAGCCUUCGAGGAUACCCCCAGACGGUGGAGUACAGCCGCCUCCGCUCGACGAUGGAUAUUCAGCAUCUUGCUCUGGGUCCUCGCAAUCAUCGUCUGUCUCAUCCUCCUAAUCUACGGUCUACAUGCAGUGGGCGAAAACGCAAAUGGAACAAGUCCCUGGUCACAAUCCCUCGGAUCAUCCAACUCUCGAACCCUAAUCAACGGUGAUAGCUGGCCAACAUCCUUAAUAUCGAACGUGAUGAUUGCCAACUCACCCCAACUCAUAUUCUCCUUCCUCUACUUCGCCUUCAACGGUCUUCUAAUAGCAAUGACUCUCGCCACAGAGUGGAGCGGCUAUGCUAAGCACCGCAAAGGCCUUAGAGUCUCGAAUAACCCAAGAGGAGCCCAGAGAACGAAUUACUUCCUUUCUAUCCCUUAUCGCUUUUCAAUCCCGCUAUUAGUGAUUUCAACGCUCCUGCACUGGCUCAUCUCGCAGAGCUUGUUCAUGGUUGGUGUCGAGGGAUUCGGUACUGAUGGACUGCGCGACCCGUCGACGGACUUUGUCACCUGCGGCUGGUCCCCCGUGGGAAUAGUCUGUGCUGUCGUCGUCGGCGUGGUUAUGUUCUCGUGUCUAUUGUGGUUGAGUCAACGGCGGUUUGACUCUGCUAUGCCCGUUGCAUCGAGUUGCAGUCUUGCCAUUGCGGCGGCUUGUCAUCCGACCUUUGAUCCGAAUUUUCAAGGGGGUGAGAAUAGGGGAGGAGCUGAAGAUGUUGACUCGGAGGAGGAGGAGGAGGAUGAUAUGUCACUUUUACCAGUCCAGUGGGGGGCUAUACCUGUACAUGGGUCUAUUGGCCAUUGUAGUUUUACUAGUGGCGAUGUUGAGAUGCCUCAAAAAGGAGAGGUAGUGUAUCAGUAA